AUGAAGGAAGUUAUAUUAUCAAAUUGUGAAAAGAAUUUCGUAAAUAAAUCAGUAAAACAAGGAACACGAUUAGAUGGCAGAAAUUUAUUGCAAGCACGACCUGUUAAAAUUUAUUUUGGAUCCAAUUGGGGUAGUUGUAUAGUUUCACUUGGACAAACUAGAGUUAUAGUACAAGUAACAUGUGAUAUUCAACAACCUAAGACUUCUCGUUCUAAUGAAGGAAUGUUGCAUAUAAAUGUUGAACUUAAUCCAUUGGCUGCACAACAUUUUGAUAGUGGUAAACUAUCUGAGUUUUCAAUAUUGAUUAGUAGGCAACUUGAAAAAUGUUUUAAAGAUUCAAAAUGUAUAGACUUAGAAUCGUUAUGUAUCAUAGUUGAUAAAAAGGUGUGGAAUAUAAGGGUUGACAUUAAUAUUAUAAAUCAUGAUGGAAAUUUAAUUGAUUGUGCUUCUAUUGCAACAUUAGCUGCUCUCUCACAUUUUCAUAGGCCAGAUGUAACUUCAAAUGGUGAAGAUAUCAUGAUUCAUCCAUUUUCUGAGAAAGAUCCAUUGCCUCUGACAUUAUAUCAUUAUCCAGUGUGUGUCUCUUUUAUAACAUUUGAAAGUGGAAACACAGUAAUGGAUCCUACAUAUAUAGAAGAAAGAGUUGGAGUAGCACAACUUACCCUGGGUAUCAAUUCAUAUCGAGAACUUUGUAGUUUGCAUUUUAAUUAUUUAACAAAAACUAUGACUGUAGAAGAUGUAAUAUCUGCAGUUUCUAACUAUGCAGCAAACUAUGCUGCUAAAUUAGUGCAACAGAUUAAAGAAGUUGUAGUUCAUGAUGUGGAGGCAAGGUACAGGAAAGAUAACCGUAAUAUAAAUCAUUUUAAGGAAUGUAUAAUGAUGAAGAAUUUGACUACAAUGAACAGUGACUGUAUUAAUAUUAAAUUACAUAAAUGGGAUGAAAUACAUAAAGUAGAAUCUGAUGCUUAUAUGGAAAAAGAGACUAUUGAAUGUAAAAUUAUAAAACCUGGAGAAGGUUCUGCCGAAUUAAUAACAAAUACAGCUACAUCAUUUGGUGAAGGUGGAUCUAAUACAUGGAAUAUAUCAGAAUCUUCAGAAGAAGAGGUCAGCGAUAUUGAAAUUGCUGCUGGAAUACAAAAAGAAGAAAACAAAGUCGCAAAUGAUAUAGAAUUAAGUGGAGAUAGUGAAGAAGAAACUACUGAGAUAUUGGAAACAAAAGAUUUAAUACAAUAA